AUGGUCAGUGGUUGGGUUGAUAAGAAAGGUGGGUUUUGUGAGUUGUUUAACAUGAAUGGCGGGUGCUGCAGGAUUGUGGUAUUGAAAGGCAUGUUUGUUACAAAUGGAGGUGUUUGGAAGGCCAUCUUUUGUUCUCUCACUGUCUAUUUUAGUGGCAGUGUUUGUGAGAAAACCAACAUGCCGAUGUCGUUGUCCACCGUUGGUGGUGUUGUGCUGCCUGAGAUCACCGCCAACUGUUGUGCCUUCAUGGAAGCGCUUUGUUCAAACGCGGUGGCGGAGGACGUUGGUCCAUCGACGGUCAGCCUCCGUGAUUCGUUCAUUGGAUCAGUGGUCAUCGUUGAGACGCCUUUUUGUGAUGUUUCACUGGUUACUGGUGUGAGAAUGGGGGCGGUAACUGGUUCUAACGACAUCAUAGUCCUGAUAGGGCUUGUUGGUGACCCACCAGUCCCACCGGUGUCACCGGAUGCCAUCUUCAAGUGUUGA